UGCGCGCCGCUCACGGUGCCAACUCUUUAGCUGCUAGCCUCUUGGCCUUCUCUCGCGUCGCUUGUCUCUUGGCUUCCAAUCAGCCCGUGGAGAGAGUUAGUGUGUCGGCGGGCCGGGAAACAGCGACGGGAGCCUCCGUCCUAUUGCGGCAGUUGCCAAGGUCACGUGAACGUCACGUGACGGUCGCGACUACUAGAGCUCUGCUCUUGUCAGCUCAAGCGAGACGCGUCAGCUGCCAAGGUGAACGUCACGCAGCGGUCGCGUUUACGUCACGGGAUGGUCACGUCUCGACUAGAGCUCGAGAGGUCGACUCGACGUUGGACGUAGUCAGUGGGGCGAUCCGGAUCGUAGAGCUCGAGGAUUCCUCUGUGGAGACUCGGAAUUAAGGCAAUAAAGAUGAGGGGACUCGAGAUGGAGGCGAAUUAAUAUUGAGGCGACUCGAGAUUAAAGCCCCUCUCAUUGUGAGGCUCGCCAGACAACCCGCCAUGGUGAACGUGCGAGAGGUCGACUUAGGCGGCAGCCGCACGAUCCGGAUCGUAGAGCUCGAGGACGCGAUCGACCCGGCGACGAGGAAGUCAGUGACGGGCGCGUGGGUGUGGGACGCGUCGAUCGUCUUCGCCACGUGGCUCUCGCACGACAAGGCCACGUGGCCGGAGGGGUCGAUUAAGGAUCUAAGGGUUCUAGAGCUCGGAGCGGGAUUAGGACUCGUGGGGCUCGCCGCGGCGGCCUUAGGAGCGCGCGUGCUGCUGACGGACCGCGAUUUAAGAGUACUAAGUGGGAUCAGGCGGAACAUUAAGGAGAAUGCGCUCGAGGGAAGGGCCUUUGCGGCGCAGCUGGAAUGGGGUGAGGGCUUGCCCAGGCAGGUGGAUCUGCGGAAAGGUGUUUUUGCCGAGAGGGCGGGGGGGAAUGGGGGAAUGGAGGCAGAAGAUCCGACGGAUGGGCGGAGUACCGGUAGUGCGGAACGUCUGUUGGCGGAAGGGGGACCUAGCGAGCGCGGAGCAGGAGGAAAGCAAGGGAGAGCAGGAGCUGCAGCGUCGUCAGGAGAAUCAGGAGGGUUGAGUGCACACGGAGGGGUACGAGGAGGCGCUGAAUCUGAGCCGUUGGAUGUUGAGGAUUUCGUGAAGGAUCUGGAUCUGAUCGUUGGAUCGGAUAUCAUGUACGAGGCAGAUCUGAUGCCCGCCCUUUGCCAGACUGUCAAGCAGCUGGUGGGACCUCGCACUAGGAUAUUCUUCUCAGUGGAGCUGCGCCCAGCCACGCCCAAGUGUUUCCAUGGCAUGGCAGGGGAGGGCAUGACGUGGCGAGCAGUGGAUCAGAGCAAUCUACACCCGGAGUGGCGGAGCGACGAUAUAAAGGUCUUCCAGUUUUUUACGUAGUAACAUGGUUGCAAUGAUCAAAGUUAGAGAAUCAAUUGGGGAGACACAUGCAGGAUAGAGUUCCUAUAAGUGUGUUGUACUCUCUACAGUCCAGGGCCUCAGAUAGGAUUUCAGGCAUCCUGACCAAUCAGGGCGGGCCCCCAAAAAAGCUCGUGGUAGUUGUUGUGACAUAUGAAGUUUUGCAUUCCUGCAAGUUCCGUUUCAGUGUACCUAGCA